AUGGGUUCCAGGAUUCAGAUAAAAAUGUGUUGGGCCUUCACCAUCAGCUGGGUUGUGAUGCUGCUGCAGAUGAUGUGUUUAGAGGCAGUGCCCAUCAGCAUAGACAAGACCAAAGUGAAGGAGCCAGAGCAAGUGGAAACUCCCCCAGCCAGUGUGGACACUGGGCUCCAUUAUGACCGGUAUCUAAGAGAAGUAAUAGAUUUCUUAGAAAAGGAUCAACAUUUUAGAGAAAAGCUUCAUAACACAGACAUGGAAGACAUUAAACAAGGUAAACUUGCUAAAGAGCUGGAUUUUGUUGGCCAUAAUGUCAGAACAAAACUUGAUGAAUUGAAAAGACAAGAGGUGAACAGACUGCGCACACUUAUCAAAGCAAAACAGGAUAUUGAAGGAGGAAAUGACAUGGCUGUGGAUCACCAAGCUCUGUUAAAGCAGUUUGAGCACCUUAACCACAUGAACCCACAUACAUUUGAAGUAGAUGAUCUAGACCGCCUCAUCAAAUCGGCUACUAAGGAUCUGGAGAACUAUGACAAAGAAAGGCAUGAGGAGUUCAAGCAGUAUGAGAUGAUGAAAGAGCAUGACCGGCUAGAGCAUCUGAAGACACUCAAUGAUGAGGAAAGGAAAAAAGAGGAGGAGCAUUACGAGGAGAUGAAGAAAAAACAUGCAGACCACCCCAAAGUCAAUCAUCCUGGGAGUCAAACCCAACUGAAGGAAGUCUGGGAGGAGGCUGAUGGUCUGGAUCCAGAGGAUUUUGACCCGAAGACCUUUUUCAACAUUCAUGACACCAACGAUGAUGGCUUCUUUGAUGAGAAAGAACUAGAGGCUUUGUUCACCAAAGAGUUGGAAAAAAUCUAUGAUCCUGCUAAUGAAGAAGACGAUAUGGUGGAAAUGGAGGAAGAAAGGUUACGAAUGAGAGAACAUGUUAUGAAUGAGGUGGAUACAAACAAAGACAGACUUGUGUCAUUAGAAGAGUUCCUGAUUGCUACAAAGAAAAAGGAAUUUUUAGAACCAGACAGUUGGGAGACCCUGGAGCAGAAUCAAGCUUACACAGAUGAAGAAAUGAGAGAGUUUGAGGAUCAUCUGGCUCAACAGGAAAAGGACUUAAACCAGAAGGCCGUAGAUCUACAAAAACAGAGACAAGAACUGGAGAAGCAGCAAGAGCAGCUCAAUGCUCAAAAACAAGAACUUCAGCAGGCGGUUGAGCACAUGGAGCGCCUCAAAUCACAGAAAAUAGAACCACCACAAGAGGUCCAUAUUGAAGGUAAUGCUAUUCCAAUAGCAGAGCAUCCUGCACCAGAAGGCCAUCCAGAGAACCAGAUUGUGCCUGAAGCAGCUCAGCCUCAACAGCCAAACCAGGACACUGCUUUGCACGGAGCGCCACAAAUGCACCAUCAGGCUCCAGGACACCAGGAAACUCCACCAGAACAAAACAUGUUAUAG